GAGAACUGCAGAGACACAGAAUUGGUACCUCUUGAUCUUAUCUGCAAACCACUGCAGUAUAUAGACACGAAAGCCUCCAUUUCUCUAAAGAGAAAAACUACAGACAAUGUUCGGACAAGAUUUUCAAAAAAUCUUUACAGAUACAAGACACUCCUCUGUCCUUAUGUUUUUUGUCACUGUUGACACACUAUUCCUGCAUGUGAGAGCAGAUGACAACUCCUCCACAGAUGAGCCAACCUCCGAAGUGAAAUAUGCAGCAAUCGGAAUAGGGAUUGGCGUAUUUCUCUCAAUCUGUUUCAUUGCAGUAAAGCUCUGCAUGAUCAAAAGACACAUGUUUGACAACGAGCCAUCAGAUGAGUCAGUAAGAAGAUCCUUUACACAACAAAAGUAGUUAUAUGGAGUAAGCAUGAUUCUCACAUCUGUCUACUGUAUUUACUGUCAUGUAAAGCAGUAUCUCCUGACUGAUGAAGCAAACCUAUAGUAUACAUUAAAUCUCAGAAGGAACAGCUCACAUUUCAGGAGACAGGUUUACAUAUUACAGGGAAAAUCAGUUCACCAGACAUCCCACAGAAAAAAAAAUGCUAUCAGAAAACCAUUAUGCUAUUGUUAUCAUUCCUUAUUUUUCUGUCUGAUAAUCAAAUUAUUUUUAUAUAAAUGUCAGUCAAUUGGUCAUAUCAUUAUCAUGUACUUUAAAUAAAUAAAUAUUCCAUCUUUUAUUAAACUAAACUCAUUG